AUGGACCGGGCCGCCCCGGGCAGCGGCGCCGGCUCCCUGCCACUGCUCCUGGCCCUCGCCCUGGGUCUAGUGAUCCUCCACUGUGUUGUGGCAGAUGGGAAUUCAACCAGGAGUCCUGAAAAGGAUGGCCUUCUCUGUGGAGAUCCUGGGGAAAACUGCGCAGCCACCACCACGCAAGCCAGGCGGAGAGGCCACUUCUCGCGGUGCCCCAAGCAAUACAAGCACUACUGCAUCAAAGGGCGAUGUCGCUUCGUGGUGGCGGAGCAGACGCCGUCCUGCGUCUGUGAUGAAGGCUACACUGGGGCGAGAUGUGAGAGAGUUGACUUGUUUUACCUCAGAGGAGAUAGAGGGCAGAUUUUGGUGAUUUGUCUGAUAGCAGUUAUGGUCAUUUUUAUCAUUUUGGUGGUCGGUGUCUGCACAUGCUGUCACCCUCUUCGGAAGCGUCGUAAAAGAAGGAAGAAGGAAGAAGAAAUGGAAACUCUGGGUAAAGACAUAACUCCAAUAAAUGAAGAUAUUCAAGAGACUAGUAUUGCUUAA